AUGCCAAUCAACCUCAAUCUCGCCGUACCGGGCUCGACUGCUAUUGAGACAAGUGGUGCCGCAAGCUGUGAACCACUGAAUAUGCAGACCGCCCCACGAACUGCACAUCCUGUUUCUCCCUACAUAUCAUCUGGCUCUGCCACAGUUUCUCAUCCUCACAAUCCCUCUUUGCCCUUGUCUCCCACUCCUGCUGGAAACUUCCGAACUGUCCCUCGGCAGCGGGAAUUGCGUGGUGGUGGAAGAGGUAAUUGGAGAGGCUGGCCCACAUAUGGUCCUUACAGUUGGCGAAAUGACAUCUAUGUUGGCCGGGUCAGCCUUCCGCCGGUGUCGGAUCCUAAGUCCUUCUCACCUUGGAAAACUGAUCUGGACUUGAAUUCACGUUAUUUGGCAGCUCCAAAAUCCCCGAUAGACUUUUUCAUACCCAAGAUCGUUCACAAUCCUCCUCUGGAAGCAUUUGACUUUGGGGAACAAUCUGAAACAUGCACAACUUGGAGGGGCCUCUCGUCUGUGGGAGCUGAGGAGCUGCUCACCUGGACAAAUAUCUAUCACACGGUUUCUAAGCAUCGAAGCAAUGACUCCGCUCCAGUCAACCUGUCCAGUGUCGCUGUUGAGAUGGUAGAACUGUACGAGCAAGGUCCCCCCACAGGAUUCAACUGGUUCUUUUCUGCACCGAAUAUCUAUCAACGACUCGAGCGUUUUCUCUCAAUGUCUCUCGGGACGCCCACUUUGCAAACCGAAGAGCUUGAAGUACCCGUGGUAGGCCACAGAUACACGCUAAUGCCGUGUGUUAGGAGGUCUGAACAAAAUUUGGGUGAUGGCUUUGCAGGGGAAAUAGUUUACUCGACCUCUGAAAGCUGGCUGACUUUCGACAAGUCGUCCAAAGUCUUUACGGGUAUUGUACCAUUCGCCCCCCCUCGGAACAUCAUCGUAAAAGCCAAUGUUAUCGAGUUUCUCGAUGAAAGGGUGCACCUUGAGCAUGUCAUCCGAACAAAGGUGUACCUAAGGGCAAGAGUUGCAAUGUAUCCAGCCGACUACCUCACCAAGAUAUUCACGAAACCUUGUUUGGACCACGAGACUGAUCUAGAGAUCACAAAACCCAGAAAACAGGUUUCUUUCGCUGAUGAGAAUGACACAGACUCUCUGCAUUCCUCUCCAGAUCAUCUGAGAUCAUUUUUCAAUGAGUUGUCCGCUAUGACCUGCAAUCCUAUCCAUGACAAAACCUCACAACAGUCAGCCUUUUCAAACCAGUCCCGUGAUGCGGUUUGUGCGGGAAGUGGUCCUUUCAGCCUGCCGAAUCCUUUUCCAGAAGCCCAAGCAGGUGGGAUGAUGUCCGAAGAAAGCACUACUGGCUUUAAAUCCCAAGACGCGAGUGCCGGAGCCCCAGAUAGUCCACAACGAAAGCGCCUUGCGAAAACCAAUUCUUCCGUGUCUCCAAAUCUCCGACGCCCUUGCUCUGAGCAAGGUGAACCUGUUUGCGAGAGGACGACCUCGAACUCGGUAAGGGCCGUUGUUUCCGCAGAAGGUAGAAUUACUGAAAGACAUGUCCGGGCUCGUAAUCCCUCCUGUGCUAGUUACCGCAUGAACAACGAAAACCUAGAGAAACCGUUCUCCUUUUACGAUACAGAUACGGAUAUCAACUUUGAUGUGGCACUGGGAAUCUCUUGCCCAGGAGACGGUGGACUUGAAGAAAUACCAGAACCUGAUUAUCCCAGACCGCUUAUUUUUCGCAAUCGUUUUGACAGUCUUUCCAAAUGCAGCAACAUGGAUCUUCCAACACAGGCUUGCGACAGUAAUACUGACACCGAAUCAGUAUCACAGCCUGAUGAUCAGCAGAUCAUGGACGACAUGGCAUUCGGGUCCAUGUUGUCAACGAUAGGUCUGCCAAACUCCGGGGAUAUCAGGCAUCUUAAGGAUUUCUCGGACAACUUGUAUCAGUGGAACUGGAAAGGGUGGGAAAAGGAGAUCGGCAUCACCAGGUACUCCCACAAGGAGAGCUUCAUGCCAGGACCAUGUUGGGACGAUUCAGCAUCUGCCACGGCUACAGUUCUCCUUAAUGGAGGUCUUGGAGAUGGUGGUACGGAGCGCAAAGUCCCCAUAGACAGCUACGAAGACACAAUCAGGAAUGAGGGAGCUGCCCGGAGAGAUGAAGGUUUCAUGGGUUACGGUCUCCUAUCCCCAACACUAUCGUCUACAACCACAGACAAGGCUAUCAGGUAUCCCUCUAAGGGAAGCUGGUCUAUGGAAGAUGACGCUUGUGUCCUCACGAACGCGACAAACUGUGUUGACAAGACAGCAACACUGUACCAGACGGUACGCGAUCAAUUCUACAAAGAUCAUCGGAUCAGGCAGAUGUCUUCCGCUAAGAAUUCGAAAUCUUUCUUUACCAGAGGGAAUCUUUCUAGUGUCUUUUCAAGCAGCUCGGAGCAUCCAGAGAUCACUCAUACCAAACAGCAUCACAUGAAGGAGAAACUGGCAUGCUACCAAUCGGAGAAAGCAAGACAAGAAGGCCUUUCGCCCAGUUUCCCAGCUGAAAAGCCCUAUGUGAGCUCUUCAAAUCUGGUCUGGGUGGAUGAGCACCAACCUAAUAUCGGAUCAAUUGCAGUCGCUGUCAAGAACUCUUUCGCUGUGGAGUUACAAGGACAAGAUGUACGUGAGAAGGCCGAAAUCCGCAAGGGUAUUCUGCACCAUCAAGUCAUGGAUCUGCAGAGGAGUGAGCCGGGCAGGAACCUUAGCAGCUCGACCUAUGAUGACAUCUUUUGGAGCAGUGACGGAGCCAGCAUGGACGACAGUUGGGACAAAGGCAUCGCUUGA